AUGAAAAUUAUGUUGUUUUUCUUUUUUGUAUUGAGUGUGUGGUCGAUUUCUUUUGAGGGUUGGGAGAGUCUUCACGGUAAGCACUUUGGCUUGGCAGAGCGUUUACGCCGUCGUGCCAUUUUUCACAUGAAUUCGCGAAUUGUCGAAAAUUUGAAUUCCAAAAAGAAGUUCCGAGUAGGGAUGGAAGGUCCAUAUGCUGCUCUGACAUCUUUGGAAUACCAAAAGAUGCUGAAUAAGUAUAUUGAACCUCCAACCAAUAUUCAAAGUGAUACUUUUCAAGCACAAAAGAAGAAUAUUCCUGAUUCAUUGGAUUGGAGAACAUACGGGUAUGUGACACCAGUGAAAGACCAAGGCAGUUGUGGGUCGUGUUACAUCUUUGGAGCAGUUGCCACAGUCGAGUCACGACUAUUAAUGACUGGUACGAGUGGGUAUACUUCAGACACAUUAGACCUUUCUGAGCAACAAGUUUUGAAUUGUAUACACUCUGUCAGAGAUGGGUGUAAUGGUGGAACCUUACAAGCGACGUACUCCUAUAUCAAAAACAAUGGAAUUAUGGAAGAGAAAGAUGAGAAGUAUAUCGCACAAUCGAAAACGUGCCAAGAAGACUUGAGUCUAGUCAAAGUGACAAUUGGCGGGAUGAGAACAGCAGAUAUUAGUGAUAAAGCGCUUACUGAAACUAUUGCAGAUGGACCUGUUGGCGUGUGUAUUGACGCUUCACAGCCAUCAUUCCAGUUAUAUAAAAGUGGUGUGUAUGAUGAGCCCAAUUGUAAGAAGCUAACAAAUCAUUGUUUGUCAGCAGUAGGGUAUGGGACACUUGAUGGGGACGAUUAUUACAUCAUUAAAAAUUCAUGGGGAGUGAAUUGGGGAUUAGAUGGGUAUAUUCUUAUGUCACGUAACAAGAACGAUCAGUGUGGUAUAUGUACUUCAAUAUCGUAUCCCGUUGAUGUGAAGUUGAUCUAA